GACGGACGUGCACUCGCCCCGCCCGUUCUAGCAAGGCCAGGCACCAUGAAGAACGACGAGGGCGAGAUUGUCGAUCUGUACAUCCCGCGCAAGUGCUCGUGGACCAACAAGCUGAUCACCGCCAAGGACCACGGCAGCGUGCAGCUCAACAUUGGCCACCUGGACGAGAGCGGCGUGUACAACGGCUCCUUCUCCACCUUUGCCCUCUGCGGCCAGCUGCGCAACAAGGGUGAGGCCGACUCUGCGCUUGACCAUCUGUGGACCGCCAAGAAGGCUGAGAUUGGCCAGGGCGGCCAGUAAGCCUGCGCCACGUAGCCCACCAGGCACGGCGCCAGCAGCAGCGGC